UGCGGAUUAUUGUCGUUUGGCAAAGCUUUACUGUAAACAAGUGGCCUUAGAGGGAGCCCCCGCUCAUAUAGUACGGUGCACUGUCGAAACUGCUAAAAUAUAGCCAGAGUAUCUUACGGUGGCUGGAGACAGUUGUAGCGCCUUGAUCUACAGUUGUGUGUGUUUAGCGAAGUGCGUAGGGCGACAAACAACCUGUUUGCUAGUUUUGGAGCUCUGUUCAUCUGGUGGGCCGCUCUGAGUGUUUUGAUUGCUGCUAAAACGGCUGUAACGAGUUCUCUGACAAUGAUGAACUGAACAAGACCCUCCCGCCAAAUUUUCACCUCUUCCCGCAAUCUCCUCUCCACUCGCGAUCCUCCUCAGGCCUCAUGUUGUCCCCAUCUCGAGGCUCGCCCGUCCGCUCCCUGGGAGUCACCACACGAGGGAACAAGGAGACCUCCAUUAGGAGACGGCAACCCGUAGCCCCCCACCAGAAACCUAAUCUCCUGCGCUACAAGAAGGAGAGUAGACAGAUGGGGAAGUCUGAUCCUGACCUGGAGCUGAUGAGUCCCGAGGACAGUUUCGAGGAUGAGAUGGAGCUGGAGUUCAAGAGAGAUUCCUUCAAGAACUGCAAGUUGCCGACCAGAGCACAGAGCCUCAACUACCCCAAGUCUCCCAACUUCAGUUCUCCAAGAAUAUCCUCACCCUCCCCUGGAGAGGCUCCAGGAACCGCAAGUCCAAAGACCUGGUCACCAUCCACUUCAAACUUCGAGAGAUUUCAACUCUCUAGAAGGUCAGAGAUGGACCGGAGUGGCAGACGAUGGUCUGUGGUGUCGGCGGCCUCUUCGGGGUACACCACGGGGUACACCGACUCACCCCAAUCCCUCUCGACGUUUCCAUCAACAGAGCAGAUUCAUCAACUCCCAACCACACCCACAAUGGACGAUUUCCGCAUCCUGAGUCGCCACCUGAGGUCUGACAGCAGUGGAUCGUCGGUCAUCAUCACUGACGAGGACAGAGUGCCCCUGCAUCGACCACGGACACGCAGCCUCAGUCCCAAGCGGUCCCCUCGUGGGAUACUUCUGGAUCAAGACGCAACACUCAACAUCUUCAAACAGAAGUACCCCAAGGCAAAGGAGGAGAUGGAGGAGAAACUACAGGAGUUUCUGACCAAGUACUCGGAGAGCAAUCUCCAGUUCUCAGACUCCAACAUCAACUUUGGCCGCCACCAGAUCCUGGAGUGUGCUCGAGACGCCCUCGAGAAGAGCAGGGAGAACGCUCUGUCCAAAGACCAGGUCAUCUCCAUGUGCAGCAAUCUGGAGGGAACACUGGUUGAGGUGACUGAUCGGACCAGCUCAAAGAUGGUCCCAGAGCAGCUCAAGCUGCUAGUGAGGAAGCUCCUGGUCAUUAUCAUGAGAGUGGCCCGCCUCCUUGAGAUCAUGGAGUUUGACCCGCAGGAGUUUAGCUCCACCCUCAACGAGUCGACGCAGGACGCUGACCGAGGGGUGGUCCUCAAUUUCAUGUCGUCCUCCCACAUGCCUUACAUUCUCAACAGACUCCAGAUCUCCCUCGAGGCUGAUGACGAAGACCAGAGAGAAGAGAAGAAGAAGAGAGCACAGUAUCUGAAAGAGGCGGGGCUGGGAGAGAGGGAGGAGCAGAAACACCUCAACAAGGACGACUUCCAGAUUGUCAAACUCAUCAGCAACGGAGCCUACAGUGCUGUCUACUUGGUAAGACACAAGGCCACACGAAAGAGGUUUGCAAUGAAGAAGAUAAGCAAGCACCGUAUGGUCAUGAAGAAACAGGUGGAGCAGGUGUUCUACGAGAGGGACAUCCUCACGUUUGCCGAGAACCCUUUCGUAGUCGGACUUUGGUGUACUUUCCAAACCAAGAACCAUCUGUACAUGGUGAUGGAGUACGUGGAGGGUGGAGAUGUGGCGUCGCUCUUGAAGAACGUGGGUGCCCUCCCUCUGGAGAUGGCCACCGUCUACUUCGCCGAGACUGUCCUGGCUCUGGAGUACAUCCACAACUACGGCAUCAUCCACAGAGACCUAAAACCCGACAAUCUACUCAUUACGUCUGAAGGCCACAUCAAGCUGACUGACUUUGGACUGUCCAAGAUUGGCCUUGUCAACUACACUGCACAUGUGAUAGAGUCACACGAAAACAAGUUCCAUGAUCCGGAGGUGUAUGGUACGCCAGACUACAUAGCCCCCGAGGUCAUCCUGGGCCAGGGAUACGGCUACGCUGUGGACUGGUGGUCUAUGGGAGUCAUUUUGUACGAGAUGAUUAUAGGGGCUACCCCAUUCUGCAGCACCACCGUCCAGCAGCUCUUUGAGGAGAUCACUGAUGAGAACCUGGUCAUCUGCUGGCCGGAGCCCUCGGAGCCAGACGAGGAGGUCCCUGACAUUGCCAAGAAUAUUGUGGAGCAUCUGCUGUGUCACGACCCCCAGACAAGACUGGGCUCUGCCGCCAGGGGAGGUGAUACUGGUGUGAGAGAUCAUCCAUUCUUUGAGGAAGUGGACUGGCAGAAUCUGCUGAGAGAGAAAGCAGAGUUCUUCAUUCCCCAGCUCAAGGGAGAGGAGGACACCUCUUACUUUGACAGUCGAGAUGACCGCUAUACCCACGAGUUUGUCAGCGACGAUGAUGAAGAAGAUGGAGUUGACGCCAACAACGACCCUCUCCAUCAGUCGUUUGCCAACUUCAGCCAGGUGGCACCCCGGUUCUGCCAGAUGAUGGAGGAACUGCAGAGCUCUCUGUGUGAGGAGACAGACCCCAGCCAACACCAGCACCAGCAGCUCCUGAAGAGUAAAAUGGUUCCCAUUCUGUCUGGAGAAGGCCCCAAACACGAACACAGAGACUCUGGAAUCUCUGCAGGUGAAACAAGUGUUGUCUCCUUCCAACCCCCAGUUCUGAGUGGGUCAUCGUCGACCACACCCACUCCGGUGGGCAGUGAGGAGGUAGUGCCGUCCUCUGGCCAGCCGACGGCGGCCGAGACUGUCAAGAUCCUCCGGACUGCCACUGGUGUUGCCAACACUAGUACAACUACUGGUGGUGGUGGCAGGGAGAGGGCAGGAGACGCUGCACCAGAGGGAGAAGAAGAGGACAACAUUGUCACCACAAUUGAUGAGGUGAGUGAUGAGGAGCCAAUGUUGGACGAGGGAGAGAAGACCCCAGAGCCACUCCAACAGAUGCCCACCUCUCCCCCUCCCUCCAUCACCACCCACUCGUACACGGCUGCCUCGUGUCUCUCCCAGAGGGGUUGUGGCCUCGGUGACGACAUCUCUCAGAUCUCCAUCGCUGACAUCACUGUGUGUCCACCCACUCCUGGAGUGGUGGCGGGAGUUCAGGACAGUGGGUCCAGCAGCAGCGUGGCCGAGGCCAGUCCUCUCAGCAGCCCGCGGCACUCCCAGAUGGUCACCAGUACAUACGCAAUCAAGAGAGGUCCCAGUGGCUACGGCAUGAUCCUCAAGGCCAUUCGAGUCUACAUCGGACAGACUGACGACUACAGAAUACACCACAUCAUUGAGAAAGUGGACAAGAAAGGUUGCCUGGUGACGCACAUCAACGGUCAGUCGGUCAUCGGACUCCACCACAUACAAGUCCUGAAACUCAUGAUCGACAAACACAAUUCUUUCUUGUACAUCAACACCAUUCCUCUUGAGGACACCAGCAUUCGCAAGGACAAGAAGAAGAGGCUGCCGACACUGGGUCAUCGAGUGGGAAGCUCUUCCGCCACCGCUCGAGCGGGAGCGGUCGAAUAAAGAAGAAGUCGUUCAUCAGUCGCAUGCGAGGGAGGGACAGGAAAGGAGUGGACAGCUCUGGCCACUCCUCCAGCAGCACACCCUCACCAAAACACUCCUCGUCUCCAGCCAGGACCGAGUCCUUCAAGCAGAAGCUUGUGUCCAAGAUGACUCCACGAAGGCGACCCACCCCGGUGUCCCCUCUGGCUCGCAGCACCUCCCCGGUCUCCCUCGCACAGAUCAUCACCCCAAACUCCUCCCCUCCCGGCUCCGUGCAGAACCUGAGCUCCACCUCCUUCACCACGCCCCCCAACUCUCCCCCCAUCUACACCAAGAGACUGGAGCGGCACAGCGUCACAGAGUCCCAGCUGGUCAUGCACAAGAAGUCCCAGAGUGCCUGCGAGCUGCCCACACCGAAGCACCCUUCCCCGCACACCUCACCCCUGCUGCAGAGAGCCAUGUCUCCCUCGUCGGAGGGCCCCGGGCUCCCGGCCAGACGCUCCACCACUCUCCCUCGACAGCACAAACACAAGACUAUGAGCAGCUCUGAGCUGACCCGCUCCACCUCCCACUACCACCCCAAGAAAGAAGAGGUCAAACUCUCCACGACCCUGUUGUAGCCAAAACACUCUUCUUUCUUCUGUCGUUACGUUUCAUCAAGCAAGGGGCUGCCCCCCACUCUCUCUAUCCUGGAUCCUCACAUCAGGCACUACUCACUGUGCCUCAAGAUUCACACCCAAACUCUUUGUCUCAGUGUCAUAAUUUACAGUCUGUGUGUGAAUGUGUGUUUCUCUAUGCAGCGGUGUUUGUGUGUUGCCUUUUCUCUCCGUUUGUCUGAUCCAAUUGUCACCUGUAUUUGUUGUAUGUUGCCUCGUCUCUCAAAAAUUUUAUUUUCUCAAUUUGAGAGUGAGCAAUAAGGCGCCACCUAUAAUUAUACAUGGUCGAGAUGUAGCCUGCGUUUUACAGUAAUGAGCAAGUCUAUUAUGAUUAGCUGCCAUGAGUAUGA